AUGAACUUUACAUUUGUAUUCUGUGUGCUAUUAACUCUAUGGUGCAGUGUUACGGCAAAAUGUGUUAUGUACGGAGUAUGUGCUGUAGUAGGAGGACACCCUAAACUAUGUCCCGUUGACCAUGAAGCGGCGCCUUUGCUCAGAAAUCUGACUGGUGAAAUUAAAAAUGAAGUACGAGAUAUAGUAGAAUCACGAUGUCCUCAGCUGUUAUAUGACGAUGAAGGAAACCGAAGAGAUGAUGACGAUGUCUUAUCCUGUUGUGACUCAGAACAAAUUAUGGAUACACAUAGAAGUCUUUUGCUUGCCGACGGUAUCCUUGGACGGUGUCCAACAUGUUUUGCAAACUUUAAAAGGCAAAUCUGUGAAAUGAAUUGUUCUCCGGAUCAGUCACUAUUUGUCGAUGUUACUGAGGAUUUGACUCCUGAUGGAACUAGAUAUGUUAGUGAAAUAGAUUUUAGAAUGCACGAGGAAUUCAUGGUGAAUGCACACGCUUCAUGUGCCGGUGUUAUUGUACCACAGACUGGAAUGCCUGCUAUAAAUCUGAUGUGUGGAAAUGCUCCCGUUUGUGACCCUGAGGCUUGGUUUGGUUUUACUGGCGAUACAAGUACCAAUCCUAUGGCCCCUGUUCAAGUUAACUUUCAUAGGUGGCCAACGACGGAAGAUUCAAUGAGUGUCAGUGCUCCAUUGUGCAACGAAACUAUAGAAGGAGAUUUACCUUGUAGUUGCGUAGAUUGUUUUGCCAACUGUCCAGUGACCGAUGCGCCUACUGAACCUGAUAUAUGUACUGUAUUAUCUGUAAAUUGCAUUAGUUUUUCAGUAGGAAUAGUAUUCUUUGUUAUAACAUUUAUAAUAUUCACCGUUCUAUCAUUUUUUGAAUAUAGAAAAAUAAGAAACAACACUAUUGAAAACGCAGAUAUAAAAUACAAAUACAAUGUUAACUUUUUGAUCAAAUUAUUUCAGAAAUGUUUUAAAAAAAUAGGUCAAUUUUCUGCUAAUAAUCCUAUCUUACUUAUAAUGUUUACAACUUGGAUUAGUUUUGCAAUGUUUUUCGGGUUUUUAAAUCUCAAGUUAACAGCAAAUCCUCGAGAGCUUUGGUCUGCCCCAGACUCUCGCAGCCGUCAGGAAUUAAAUUACUUUAAUUCUAGAUUUGGCCCAUUUUAUCGUGCUGCGCAAGUUUUCUUAACGAUAAAAGGGUUGGAUCCUAUUGUUUUUGAUAACGUUACAUACGGACCCGCUUUUCGCUUAGAAGCUGUAAAAGAACUAGUAGCUCUUGAAAAUGCAAUAAUUAAUAUAGGAAGGGAAGAUGACACGGUAAAAUUGGAAGACGUGUGCUACGCGCCUUUACGUACUCCAGGCCAAGAACCAAAUUUUGAAAAUUGUGUCUCAAUGUCAGUAUCGACUUAUCUACCUGAUAGAAAUAAUAUCAACAACAAUACGUACCUAACAAGUAUAACAAAUUGUCUUAACAAUUAUUACUCACUCAGUUGCAUGGCGUCUUGGGGUGGUGGAGCCGACCCCGAAUUAACCCUUGGUGGAUACGAAGGUGAUAAUAUGUUGCUGGCCGAUACGUUGGUAAUUAAUUAUCCCAUAGCCAAUUAUUUAUAUAGUGACCAACUGGAACCUGUUUUAGAAUGGGAAAAAAAAUUCGUGGACUUGAUGCAUGAUUAUGAAAACAAUUGGAAAUCGGAAUUUGUUGAAGUAGCGUACGGAAGUGAGAGAUCAAUUGAAGAUGAAAUUGAGAGGAUUUCUGAAGCCGAAGCGACACCUAUUAUUAUAAGCUACUUAAUUAUGUUCGUGUACGUAAUUUUGGCUUUAGGUAAUAUAAGAAGCUUAAAGACUUGCAUGAUCGACAGCAAAGUCACCGUAUCUAUUAGUUGCAUAAUCGUUGUAAUUAUUGCAAUUUUUUGUGCUUUGGGAUUAUUGGGUUAUUGUGGUAUAACCAUUUCUCUGUUAGCUAUAAACGUAAUUCCAUUUUUUGUUUUAUCUGUCGGUAUUGAUAAUGUUUUUUUAAUGGUCAAAGAACUCCAAGAAAUUGAAAAUAGCUUACAAAAAUAUGAAGAUUACAAAGAAGAAUGGAGUUUUGAGAAGAAGAGGUAUUUUGUUUUUGGUAAAAUGAUGCAAAAUGUAGGGCCAUCGAUAUUUGUAUCCUCCGCCACGCAGAUUACAUGUUUUGCUAUUGGUACUAUUUCAAUUCAGCCAGCAGUACAAUCAUUUGCUAUAUUUGCUACCUUUUCCUUAGCAUUUUUAUUUUUUUUCCAAAUAACAGUAGUAGUAGCUAUAUUAUCACUCGAUUACAAACGUGUUAAUUACAACAGGUUUGACGUAGUUUUUUGUGUUCAAAAGAAAAUAUUAAACGAUGAAGAUCCACUACAUGGUCACAAACCUUAUCAAAGUAUUACUCAAAGGCUAAUGGAGCCUUAUUCAUUAUUUAUUUUGAACUGGCGAGUAAAAAUUAUCGUUGUGAUUGUAUUCCUAGCCUUGUUUUCUAUAAGUGUCAUACUUAUACCACAGAUCGAACUUGGUUUAGAUCAAGAAAUGGCUUUACCAACUGAUUCAUAUGUUUACAAAUAUUUGCAAGCUGUUAAUCGGUUAUUAAAACUUGGUCCCCCAGUAUACUUUGUGCUUAAGAGUGGCUUGAACUUUACAGAUCAUGACCACCAAAAUGUAUUGUGUGGCAGUAGACUUUGUAAUAACGAUUCAUUGGUAACACAAAUAUAUUUAGCAUCUCUAUAUAGUAAUGUGACUUACAUAGAAAGGUCCUCAAAUUCAUGGAUUGACGACUUCUUUGAUUGGACUAGUUUACCUGGCAGUUGUUGUAAGUACAAUGUGACAAAUGGUGAACUAUGUCAGAGUUCAGAUAUCUCACCACAGUGUAGGGACUGUGAUAUUGAAAGAUCUAAUUUUGCAAAUGGACUAAGGCCAGCGGGCGAAGCUUUUGGCAAAUAUAUCCCAUUUUUCUUACAAGACGUUCCCACUGAGUCGUGUAAUAAAGGAGGCUUGGCAAGUUACUUUAGUAAUGUCAACUAUAUACUCGAUUCAAACGGACAGGCUACUGUUUAUGAUAGUAACUUUAUGGCUUAUCAUUCGAAUUUAGUAACAUCACAUGACUAUAUAACUGCUGUAAAAUACGCUUAUGAAUUAAGCGCUAAUAUUACAGCAGCUAUAAAUAAACACACGGGUCUAGAUGUCGAAGUUUUUCCGUAUUCCGUGUUUUACGUUUAUUACGAACAAUAUCUAAGUAUGUGGGAAGAAACCUUCAAAUCAUUAGGCUUUUCUCUCUUAGGAGUUCUCUUUAUUAACUUAUUUAUGACUGGAUUUAACUUUUUAAUUACUUUCGCUUUAACUUUUACAGUUAUAAUGAUUACUAUUGAAAUGAUGGGUGUGAUGUAUAUUUGGAGUAUACCUCUUAAUGCAGUUUCUUGUGUAAACUUAAUCGUAUCUAUAGGUAUAGCUGUCGAAUUCUGUACACAUAUUGCCUAUGCUUAUGCUACUAGUGAGAGUCCACCAAGCAAAAAAGUUAGCGAUGCUAUCAAAAGUGUUGGCGCAACAAUUAUCACAGGUAUUACUUUUACGAAUAUACCAAUAAUAGUUUUGGCAUUUUCAUACACACAAAUAAUCGAAGUUUUCUUCUUUAGAAUGCUUUUUAGUUUAGUUGUUUUAGGAUUUAUUCACGGAAUUAUAUUUUUCCCUGUAUUAUUAAGUUAUUUAAAUGACAUUAAAUAUAUGUAGAGAUUGCAAGACAAAUAAGGAAAACAAGAGUUUAUAUAGAUUCAUUUUGAUCGAGAUCUCUUUGUCUAGAUUUAUUUACCUAACGUUCUGAUAACGGCUCCACAACAUUUUAAUAUAUGUAUAUAAAUUAUGCGUCACAUUGUUUGUCUGCGAUGGACUUCUAAACUACUUGACCGAUUUUAAUGAAAUUU